AUGAAAUCCACUUGCCUUAUUUCUCUUAUACCUUUCAUACAGGGUGUCCUUGGCUCUGCAGGAGUUAUAGGUGGCUCACCUGCUACGAUCAACGACCUUCCCUAUCUGGUCAGCAUUUCGAAAUCAGGCGUCUAUACCUGUGAUGGUGUCAUUAUCAGCAAAGACCGUGUUGUUACCUCUGCACAGUGCGUAUACGGUCUAGAGGCAUCACCAACGAUGUUUUCCGUCAGGGCAGGCUCAAGCAAGACAUCCUCUGGAGGAUCUGUAUUUGUGGUGUCAAAAAUUGCUCGGAAUGCUCGAUUCGACCCUGUCACCAAUGAUUUCGACGUUGCUGUGCUUGAACUAUCGUCUUCUGUCUCACCCGGCCCGACUGUUAAGCCGAUUGAUUUUAUUCAGCGGGGUCAAGAGCCAGAGGAUGGGACUGAAUGCGUGGCUUCUGGCUGGGGUGACUUGGAAGGACAAUUACAAUCAGUUACACUCCCUAUCGUGAACCGAGAAAAAUGCAAUCAGACUUACGCCGGCCAGAUCACCGACCGUAUGAUCUGUGCUGGCUCGGAAGCUGAUAAAGGUACCUGUCCAGGAGACCGUGGUGGCCCGCUCACUUGCGGGGGUAAAUUUGCUGGAAUAAUCUCGCAGACGAACGGAUGCGAACUACCUGGUCUUCCAGACGUCUUCACCGAUGCCGCCAACUCUUAUAUUCAAUCUUGGAUAACGAGUCAGUAG